AUAAUAAGGAUAAAUAACAUAAAAAUUACUUAAAAUCUACAUAAUAUAUUAGAAAAAUUAAAAGAUAAGGUGAUAAUAUGAAACGCGCAGUUGUUGUUUUUAGCGGAGGACAAGAUUCUACAACUUGCUUAAUUCAAGCAUUACAAGAAUAUAGUGAUGUUCACUGUAUUACGUUUGAUUAUGGACAACGACAUCACGCUGAAAUUGAAGUAGCUAAAAAUUUAUCAUUGGCUCUUGGUGUUAAAGUACAUAAAGUGCUAAACAUAAGUUUAUUAAAAGAACUUGCUAUUAGUAGCCUUACUUGUGAUAAUAUUCCAAUUUCAAUUUAUAGCUCUAAUCAAAAUAAUACAAUACCGAAUACUUUUGUACCUGGUCGUAAUAUUUUAUUUCUAACAUUAGCAGCUAUUUAUGCUUAUCAAGUAUCAGCGAAAACAGUUAUUACUGGCGUAUGUGAAACUGAUUUUUCAGGAUAUCCAGAUUGCCGUAAUAAUUUUAUUGAGAUAUUAAAUAAAGCUAUUAUACUAGGUCUUGCGUAUAAUAUUCACUUAAAAACACCAUUAAUGUGGUUAAAUAAAUCAGAGAUUUGGGCUCUUGCCGAUUAUUAUCAUCAAUUAAAGUUAGUGUAUCAAGAAACAUUAACUUGCUAUCAAGGUAUUAAAGGUAAUGGUUGUAGUAAAUGUGCCGCCUGUUAUUUACGAGCUAAUGGCUUAUUACAGUACCAAUCAAAUAAAAUAGAAGUUAUGAAGAAUUUAAAAUAUAAAAUUGGUUUAGUUUAAAAGCUAAUAUAUUUAAUACUUUAUAGGAAGUAUAUAAUAAUUAAUCUCAUUUUUAUAUUUUAUAUUAUUAUUUAUACUACGAUUAGUAUAAAUAAUAAAUAAAAAUUUAAAAAAAUUAAAUAUAAUACUUAUAAUAUUGUAUC